AUGAUUUUAUUUAUUAGAACUUGCGGGAAAAUGCGAAGAAAUGUGAAAUUAAUACUUUUUAUAUCCGUGACAUGGAUGUUUGCUAUUUUAUAUUAUCUACAAGGAUCCGGACAACAGGAAAACAAAGCGCUCAGAUUGAAAAAUGCCGACGUUUUGAUAGAAGAAAACGGGGGGAAAACGGGGAGCGGGUUGGGAUCAUCAUUCAAUAGCAAUACGGAUAAUUACAAGAGUAAUUCGUACGGUAAUCAAGAGAUUUUCGUUUUGGGAGAAUCGAAUUAUGCGAAAAGCAAUUCCGGAAACGUGAUCAAUUACGACAAUCGUCAAGCUUGGCUUUAUUUCGACGAGAAAUCGUACAUAAGAGGAAAUGCGUUGAAAGAAGGAGAGGAUCCUUAUUUUAAGAACAAAUUCAAUCAGGCUGCAAGCGAUUCGCUACCGAGUAAUCGUGAGAUACCAGAUACCAGAGGUCAAGCUUGCAAAAGAAAAAAAUGGCGUACGGAUCUUCCGCCGACGAGCGUCAUAAUAACUUUUCACAACGAAGCCAGAUCAACAUUGUUAAGAACCAUCGUGUCGGUUAUGAACAGGAGUCCGGAACAUUUAAUUAAAGAAAUCAUAUUGGUCGAUGAUUUUUCCGACAAUCCAUCCGAUGGAGAAGAAUUAGCUAAAAUUCAAAAAAUUAAACUUGUUAGAAAUGAAAAAAGAGAAGGUUUGAUGAGGAGCAGAGUAAGAGGAGCCGAUUUGGCGACGGCUCCGAUUUUAACGUUUUUAGAUUCUCACGUCGAAUGUAAUGUUAAUUGGCUGGAACCGUUACUGGAACGAGUGGUCGAGGAUAAAACGAGAGUCGUGUGUCCCAUAAUUGACGUCAUAAGCAUGGACACGUUUCAAUACAUCGGAGCAUCCGCGGAUUUGAGAGGAGGUUUCGAUUGGAAUUUGGUAUUCAAAUGGGAAUACCUGACUCUGGAUCAAAGGUUGAGGAGACAACAGGAUCCCACGAGAGCGAUAAAAACCCCCAUGAUAGCCGGCGGUUUGUUCGUCAUAGAUCGUUUGUAUUUUGAUACAUUAGGAAAAUACGAUAUGCAAAUGGAUGUUUGGGGAGGUGAAAAUUUAGAAAUAUCGUUUAGAGUUUGGCAGUGCGGUGGAAGUUUAGAAAUCAUUCCAUGUUCGAGAGUGGGUCACGUUUUUAGAAAAAGGCAUCCCUACACUUUUCCGGGAGGUUCUGGAAAUGUUUUCGCUCGUAACACGAGGCGUGCAGCCGAAGUUUGGAUGGACGAUUAUAAAAAAUAUUAUUAUGCUGCCGUGCCUCUUGCCAAAAGCAUACCUUUUGGAAACAUCGACGAUAGACUCGAACUUAAGAGAAAACUUCAUUGCAAAUCAUUCAAAUGGUAUUUGGAAAACGUUUAUCCGGAAUUGUCGAUACCUCAUUCCACGUCACCCGCAUUCGGUUCUAUAAGACAACGUCAACUGUGUUUGGAUACUUUGGGUCAUUCCAUAGAACAAACAGUCGGAUUGUACGUUUGUCACGAUACCGGAGGAAAUCAAGAAUGGGGAAUGGAAGAUGAUAGUUACAUCAAACACCACGAUUUGUGUUUGACAAUACCUAAUUACGUACCUGGCGCACUUGUUCUCAUGCGUCUUUGCGAAGAUGCCGACAAUCAGAAAUGGCGGCUCGUUAAUAAUGGCGGACUCGUUAAACACGAAACGUAUAGUUUGUGUUUGGACAGCAGAGAUGCAACCACUCGAGGCCUAAUUGUUGAAAAAUGCGAUUCGAGAUCACCAACGCAACAGUGGAAUUUUAUAAAACCUGGAAUAUCAUAG